AUGUGUCGAGUUGCAUUCUAUUUGCUUUUUAUCGCGAUAAUUCAAUAUGGUGUACAAGCAAAUGAAACAUCAACGAACGUGAAUCCAAGCAACGAUGAACCUACAGAUAAGGAGGCUAAUGAAGGUCUAGUAGUAGACAAAACAGCUAAAGAAUCACCGGCUGAUGACAAACAGGCUAAAAAAGAACCGGCUGAUGAUAAAACUGCUAAAGAAGAGACGGCUGAUGAUAAAACGGCUAAAAAAGAGACGGCUGAUAAUAAAACAACUAAGAAAGAAUUAUCACCAGAGAAAAGAGCUAAGAAAGAACCAGUAGCCGAAGAAGAGGCUGAAUCUAAAACAACUGAGGCUGAAAUUACAGAAAAUUCUAGUAAAAGUGCUAAAACAACGCCUGGCCCAGCCAGUUCUGCAAAACCUAUGGGUUUCGCUGGCAAUAUCCUUGCACCAGUUAUGGCCGCUCGAGCAAGAAUUGAAGAAAUCAUGCACAGAGGCGUAAAUGGAGCCAAAGGUUUUGCUGAUGGAACCUACACCCUUUUUAAGGAUUCCGUCCAAAACUUCUUCUAAUCAUAAUUUUCUUUAAAAUAUUAAGUUUU